AUGUCCUUCUCCUUGGCCUUCUCGUUAUUGUUCUCCUUGGCCUUUCCGUCUUCCAAAGCGCUCUCAUCCUCAUUGCCAGUCUCUGCCUUGUCGAUCUCAUUUCCACCAGUCGGCUCGCCGUUCUUGUUCCCAGCGUCACCGUUCUCGGCAGCAGCUGCAGUCUCGGCGGUCUCGUUGUGCUUCGCAUUGCCAUUGGUCUCUUUCGCCUGCUCCAUCUCAACAUCGUUGUCCUUAGCCUCGGCCUUGCCAUCCUCAGCAGCGGCAGCAGGCACCGGCGCAUCGAUGGUCUCCUCUAGCGUCUUCUGAUCCUUCGCUGGGCGACCGCGCUUCGCCUUGCCGGUCGGAGUAGCGUCGUCAGCCUUGCGCUUGGUGCCGCUGGCGCUCUUCUCCGACUGCGGGCUAGAGUUGUUGUUGUUGCCGUUCUGGCCGCUCAGACGCGAGGAAGAGCGUGUUCCUGCCAUGGUUGAUAUAGGGUUCCUUUGAUGAGUGAGUGAGGGAAGGUUCAGUUCUUGGAUGUGGAUGGAAGACGUACUGCGAUGAGUGUGAGAUCGGCGACGUGAGAACUGGGAGAUUGAGAAGCAGGUGUUUGUAGCAAACGGAGAGAAGUGGUGUUGAAGGUGAGAAGGUGUAAGG